AUAUACAAAAACCGGCACACGGUGCGUACAGCGGACGAACAGCUCGCAGCACUAGCGCAAAAGACGUUCGAAUUUACGUUCGAAAUCCAAUAAAUAUAAUUCACGGCGAUCACGCACACAAUAUCAAUAUAAAAAAAACCACUGAGGUCAUUGACGUGCGGCAAUGACCAGGCGCGAUAGAGUCGGGGGACCGGGGGUAUCAGUGAAUUUGCAAAACAAAUAUACAGUAGUCACUCGAUAAUUCGAACCUCGAUAAUUCGAAAAACUCCAUAAAUCGAACUAAACGCUAAGUCCCCUGAGAAAACCUCUAUAAUUAGAAAAAAAUACAUGUAUUCCGGUCCCCUCGAUAAUUCGAAAUGUCUGUCGGUGAGGCACACUCUACAAUUCGAAUUUUUUUUUCACGAAUCUCUAUAAUUCGAAUUUCUUUAAACACGAUUAUAUGUACGUUCAUAUGUAUAAGGAUUAUGAUAGUUAAAUAUUAUCGUAGUUUAAUGUUAUCGUAUCUUACCUGCCUAAUCUAUACCAAAAUAAACCUCUGCUAUGGGUAAACCGUUAUUGAAAUUGAACAAACGUAAUCAGUCGUAGCUAACGUAGUCAGUCGCAAUAUGGGUCCCGUAAAAGUGUACAAGUGUUUGUCGAUAGCCGACAAACAAAAAGUGAUCGCAGCAGUUGAAGCCGGUGAAAAAAAAAAAGAUGUUGCUCUACGUUUUGGUAUACCAGCUUCUACGCUUUCAACAAUACUAAAACAAAAGGACCAUCUUACAACAUCAACACCUUAUUCAUCGCGGAUCAGACAGAAAAAAUGUGAGUACCCCGAUCUGGAAGAAUGUCUUAUGGCUUGGUUUACUCAAAGUAGGCAAAAUAAUAUUCCAAUAUCAGGACCUAUUUUAAAAGAAAAAUCUAAGUUGUUUGCUACCAACUUAGGUAUCACAAAUUUUCAAGCUAGUGAGGGUUGGUUAGAAAAAUUUAAAAAACGUCAUGAUUUAACUUUCAAAAAAGUAUGUGGAGAGAGUGCAAGUGUUGACCCGUGCAUUUCACAAGAUUGGAAAAAUGAGUUAAUCAAUCUAUUGGUUGAUUAUGAUGCUAGGGAUAUUUUUAAUGCCGAUGAGACCGGACUUUUUUACAAAUGUUUACCAGAUCGCACUUUGACAUUUAAAAACGAAAAAUGUCAUGGUGGUAAAAAUAGUAAAGAACGGAUAACAGUGAUGUUAGCCGCGAACAUGGAUGGAUCCCAGAAACUUAAGCCCUUAAUGAUCGGAAAAUUUGCUAACCCACGCUGUUUCAAAAACGUAAAAUCUUUCCCACUAAUGUACCGGUCAAAUAAAAAGGCGUGGAUGACAGGUGUAUUAUUUACAGAGUGGUUGUCAUGUAUCGAUGUAGAUAUGAAAAAGGCAAAUCGAAAAAUUUUGAUGUUCGUUGACAACUGUACCGCACACAAUAAUAUUCCUCAUCUUGAAAAUAUAAAAAUUCAUUUUUUACCUCCCAACACUACAUCAACUCUCCAACCACUAGACCAGGGAAUAAUAAAAAAUUUUAAAACGAUGUAUCGGAAGGAAAUUGUUCGAGAGGUGUUGGCGUGCAUUGGUGAAGUUCCAUGUAAAAUUUCUAUACUCACUGCUAUGGAAAUGGUACACAAAGCAUGGGAAAAUGUUAGUGCACAAACCAUCGCGAAUUGCUUCAGAACUUGUGGUUUUAUUAAGGACGGACAGACAAUUGGUGAAGGUAUUCCUGUUCAAUGUGAGGAAGUUGAAAGCACAUGGAACAGACUAGAAGUUCCUGUAUCAUUUGAAGAAUUUGUUCACUUUGACGAUAAUGUCGCAACUGCUGGUACUUUUACUGACGAGGAAAUUAUUCAAUCUACUUUAGCCAAUCAGCACAAUUCUGACAAUGAUGACGAGGAAGAGGAGGCGGAGGCGGAGGCUCCUGUCAUAUCGUUAAAAGAAGCAAAAUUUUUUAUGUCAGGAUUACGUAAAUUUUUUGAGCAAUCUGAAAUGGACGAAAAAAGAUGCGAUACAAUUUUCAAUGCUAUCAGUAUUUUACACCUGGUGAACUUCGUACACAAUUAG